AUGGCAAUGAAGGGUUAUCUGACAUGUGGUUCAUCAUCCUGUUGCCAAAGUGCUGAUUUACCCAAUCUUAAGAGUCACUUUAGAAGAAUUGACGAAACAAAGAUGAUUGUUAAGAAGUGGUGCUUAUUUUUUCACUUGAUCGGAGUUCUGCAGAUCAUUUCAGGUCAGAUUUGUUUACCUCCCGGGCCAGCUUGUUUUGGUGCCGCAUGUUGUGGUUGUCCUAACAUGUUUUAUGACGCCCAUGACCAGACUUUUAAACUACCUUACGCUAUGCUUGGAAAGGCCGAUUGCCUCGACAAUAGCUGCCUAAAUCAAGCAAAUCAAUUCUAUCCUCCAGGCUCCUGUGAGAGAGAAAGAUACGAUGCUUAUACCCAGCCUGAAGAAAAUUAUGGAGGAGUCGACCUUGUUUUUGACAUCAAUACAUCUAGGACAACAUCGCCAUCUCAUAAAGAUGACAUCGAAAUGUUAGGGGGUGUAGUCCCGAGGGAGUUUAUGAAGCGUCUAGUGAGACAGUUACGAAUUGGACCUGUCUUUAGUGCAGAUGGUAGUGAAAGACUGGUCAAAAACAGCAAAGUUGGCGCUCUAUGCUUCUUUGGAAAUCUCACCAUGCAUUUUGGUUUCACCGAUUUUGAGAACAUUGCUUCUCUGGAAUAUGGUAUCACAAAUAUGGAUCUGAAGCCAAAGAAGAAAGCAAAACCACACAAAUCAUUCGACAAAAUACGCGAGGAUUAUUUCGGCAAUUCUCCGUAUUCUCCCUAUGGCCGAGAGUUCAACCGCAACCUCGUGUUAGUAUUCGAUGAUGGUGUUUACAGUCGCCAAGGCACAAUCGGAGCUGACAACAAGUUCGUAGCAUCACUAGAUGCUUUGAAAGAGGUUGCCGAAAUAUUUGUUGUUGGGGUGACACAUUAUUCCGACAAAUCAAAGUCUUACGAGAACGCAAGGGAAAACUGGUUGAAGAUGGCAUCCAAACCAGAGAACAUUAUCACUGCCGGAGCUGGCGAGUUACUUGCCACCGACACGUCAGACCUUAUGAUUGAUUAUCUAGUAUUCAAGACAUUACAACUCUUCCCGAAAGUUUUAGUUGAUAAACCAGAUUACAGCGCAUGAGAAGACGAUUUAUUUCAAUUGAUAUAUUAAUAAAUUUUAAUAAAACUAAAAUAAAAAAAAAA